AUGAUUGGGAGGAUGAGGAGUGAGUACGACCUAUUAGACGAAAGAAUCAGCAGGUUCUGGCACCAAACCUUUAAGGCGGCGAUGGAAGAGAGAAUCCUUCUGAAGGACCUGAAUCUUCCCCUUGCACGUAUAAAACGCCUGAUGAAGAUCGAAGAGGGUGUCAGGAUGGUCGCCUCUGAGGUUCCUGUCUUGUUUUCUAUGAUAACGGAGAAGUUUAUUGAGGAGCUUACUCUUCGUGCAUGGAUAAACACCGAAGAGAAUAAGAGGAGGAUACUGCAGAAGUCGGAUCUGACUGCUGCAGUGAAGACAUCUGAGAUGUUUGAUUUCCUCGUGUAUAUUGUCCCAAGAAACGAUCUUCUGCACCCGUUCAACCACCUGGUGCCAAGCAAGAUGCACCAUGGCGGAGAAGACUUUGCUCCCAGGAUGGGAGAUGCAUAUGCAAAGCAGCAUGUUCUAGACGAAAGACAGAUGAUGGAGGACAUGGUCGAGAAGAUGGGAGGCUCACACUCCCAAAACUUUUAUUCCCAGGAGCAUAGGGUGGUGGGAGGGGAAGCUCCAGAGCCUCUAAGUAAUCCUCACAUGAGCGAUUAUAGAAGGGGAUUUGAUAUUUCCUUCAAUAGAGACAUGUCUGCCGACAUGACACCUGGUUCUUUCAGAUGA